AUGUUGCUCGCAGUGAUCCUGCUGCUGAGCGAUGCUGCGAUCACUGCUACAGAUCUUCAUCAUGAUGGGAAGUCGGCGAGGAACUUCGCUCCACUGCGACUGAGAGGAGGGGGGAGGUCGAUAGAAGACUUGAGGGUGAUGGAGUAUCCUGAUCCCAACAACAUCAUCAAAGUUCCAGACGACGGUUUCUCCAUCCAACAGGCUGUGGACUCACUGGAUCCUGGAGGAUGUGUGUGCGUCGGAGCGGGAGUGCAGGAGUGGGAGUACACAACGACCGUCGCAAUCAACGACAACAUCUCCUUCGUCGGCGAAGAAGCCUCUGUGUGCAAGGGGAGGUGGCAACUUUGUCCUGCCACACACGGCCAUUGGUACGGAAUGUCGACAAGGCUGAGAGCAAAGAUGUCAUCAGACAUGUGCUGUCUGGUGCAAGGAGGAAGCUUCUCUGCGCCCUGGGUCUUCGACACUUGCAACGUGAUCUGCGACUACGGGGCUGCCAUCUUCUGCUCAGACCAGGCUUGUCUCGCAGUCUACUCGUCGAGGAUCGGGGGGAUCAGGAGGAGGCCAGACGUGUUCCCCCCCUCCACAACCAGGACCGACAUCAUCGUGCUGGCCCACGAAUCGUUCUGUGCACUGCAAGGUUUUGAUAUGCUGGGAAUCGCGAUCGGCAUCGACAAUGAAGCUGGGGUCGAGAUCCAAGGUUCCGAGAUGAAGAGGCUCUUCACUUCCAUGCUGCAAGCUGGUCCUACCCCGCAGGGAGCUCAGAUUGCGAUCUCAGACGAUUGCAAGGUCUCUGGAUUUGUGUGGCACGGAGCAAGGAGGGCAGGAACGGUUCGCUUCGGGCAGAAUCUGCAGGAGCUCGAGCAAGACGUGGAGCGGCAGAGCAGGGAGCAGAGUUCGACGCUGUCAGUGCUGAGACGAGAGAUGCUUCAAGUAGAGGAGGAGGAGGAGGAGGAGGGGGAAAGGGGAUACGCAGACCUCUCGAUCUUGCCCAAGUACGAGGAGGAGCUGAAGGAACCGGCCAACCCUUUCCUCGAGAUCCCCGAUGCGGUCGACCAGCUGAAGAGGAUCUACCAAGGGGAGAAGCCCCCGGAGCUCCUGCGGCAGGCCCGGGAGGACCCGAGGCUGGGAGCGAGGGAGAUUCUUGAAGAGCUCGACUUGAACCCGACCUACAAGUCCAACGAGACGCUUUACAGCUUCAUACGGCACGUCUUUCACAACGAGCCAGAGUACCAACCCUUGCUGAAGAAGCUUGAGGAGGGGGCCAACUCUGUCCCUGAGCAUCUCGCCGACAGAGUGAAGAACAUGACAGAGAUCGAUCGGGACCUCUACAUUGUUCUGCAGCCUUUGGCAGAGCAGCACAAUGCCUCGCUGGAGGAGGAUGUCAAGGAGCUGGAGCAAGUGCAGGAGGUGCAGGAAGGAGUCGCAGAGGGGCUGGAAGGCCUCUGGAGGCUCCUCGAGGAGGAGUCGGAGGAGGGCGAGAGGCAGUUGGAGAUUUUCAUCAGCAGCCUCCCCAAGUGGAAGAAGGAUAAAAUGGCGACAAAGGUGGGGCUGGACGGUCGAUGGGCUGCCUUCAACCUGUUCGAGGAGUACUGGAAUGAGAUGUUCCCGAGGGAUGCGGAGAGGGUGGCGAAGAAGAUGGAGAGGAGGUUCCUGGAUUGCAUGUAUGCUAAGGGGAAGAAGGGGAGGAGGGGCGGAGAGAGGUGCGAUGGGGAAGGAGGUGUUCACGCGGGGUGGGGCGGGGUGAGGGAGAGGGAGGAGGACGUAGGAGAGGAGGAAAUGUGGACGGAGCAGCGGAACGGUGGGGGAGGAGGGAUGGAGGUUGAGGAGGACGGAGAGUGGACAGGGCGGAGCUGGGGGCGAGGACAGAAGGAGGAGAAGGAGAUCUGGACGGAUGAGCGGACCAGGGGCAGAGAGGAGGAGGAGGAGGAGGAGGAGGAGGAGGAGAUCUGGACGGAUGAGCGGACCAGGGGCAGAGAGGAGGAGGAGGAGGAGGAGGAGGAGGAGAUCUGGACGGAGGAGCGAAGCAGGGCAGGAAGAGGAGAGGAGGAGACAUGGACAGAGCGGCAGAGCAGUGCAAGAGGAGAGGAGGAGGAGGAGAUGUGGACGGAGCAAAGCGGGGCAAGAAGUGAGGAGCACCCCAGAGGCUUCGACUACAGGAGAUCUGUAAACAAGGUCGAUGGAAAUGAUGACGACUACGAAAGAGGAGGAGGAGAGAGCAGAAGAGGAGAGAGCAGAGAGAGUGGAGGAGGAGGAGGAGGAGGAGGAGGAGGAGGAGGAGGAGAAGGAGGAGGAGGAUAUGACGACUACGACUACGACUACGAGCUUCAAGAGAGAAGAGGGGCUUAA